CUCUUCUGUUUUUGUCAAUAAAUCCUCGGUGUGUCUCCGGUUUUCUCACCGGGCUCUCAGUCUCCUCUCUCCGGCUCGAGCUCAACAACAGACCCAAACUCAUCCAGAAACAUGUUGUGGAAAUCACGGACCAAGACAGAGCCCUACUGUUCUCAGGAGCGCGCGGACGGGCUGUCCAGCUCCUCUCCGGGCGGCCGGCUCUCCCAGCUCUCCCAGCUGAAUCAGGCCGCUUAUUCCUCAGCUCCCCCGCUCUGCCACACCCCGGCCUCAGACUUCCAGCCGCCCUACUUUCCGCCUCCGUACCCGCAAUCUUCUCUGUCAUACUCCCAGAGCCAGGACGGCGGAUACCCGCAUUUACCGGAGCCGUACCCGUCGCUGAACUCGCUGCACCAGCAUCAGCAGGCGGCCUGGCACUCGCAGCGCUCGCGCUCGGAGGAUGCCGGUCUCCUGUCGCAGCCGCACCGAGCGCUGAGCCUCGACCCGCGGCGGGAGUAUCCAGGAGUCCCGCGACUGCUGACCCAUGGGCUGGGCGACGGAGCUGCGGCGCUCGGGGACGGGCCGCUGGGGAUGCACGCGGUGCACCACGGCCUGGAUGAUAUUCAGGGUCUGGAGGAGGCCUCAGCGCUGGGCAUCCUGGAUCACUCCGUCAUCAAGAAAGUUCCACUACCAUCCAAGCUGAACGGCUCCACGAUCUCUGCUCUGUCCCUCAGUAAAGAAGGCCUGGGUCUGGGCGGAGUGUCUAAUCCCGCAGAGGUGUUCUGCUCCGUCCCGGGACGCCUGUCGCUGCUCAGCUCCACCUCCAAAUAUAAAGUGACAGUAGGAGAAGUGCAGAGACGGCUGGCUCCACCCGAGUGCCUCAACGCCUCGCUGCUUGGAGGAGUCCUGCGCAGAGCCAAAUCAAAAAACGGAGGCCGCUGUCUUAGAGAACGGCUGGAGAAGAUCGGCCUCAACCUGCCGGCCGGCCGGAGAAAAGCAGCCAACGUCACACUCCUCACAGCGCUGGUGGAAGGUGAAGCGGUUCAUCUGGCGCGAGAUUUCGGGUAUGUUUGUGAGACUGAGUUCCCUGCGCGGGCGACAGCAGAGUACUUGUGCCGACAGACGGAGCCCGAUCAGCUGCCCACCAGACGCAGCAUGCUGCUCGCUACCAAGGAGAUCUGCAAGGAGUUUGUGGACCUGAUGUCCCAGGAUAGGUCUCCGCUGGGGGCCAGUCGCCCGACGCCCUGCCUGGAGCCCGGAGUGCAGAGUAGUUUGACCCACUUCAGCCUCCUGACCCACGGAUUCGGGACCCCUGCCCUGUGCGCCGCGCUUUCCGCCUUCCAGAGCUACUUACUGGAGGCCCUAAAACUGCUGGACAAAGGAGAAAACGGAGGAAAAAACCACCACGACAAGGAGCUCAAGCACCGCAAAUAAACAAUCAAGCACUUUUUGGAAGCGUGUGUGUAUUUAUGCGCGAAUGUGUGUGUUCCUCACCUGUACGGACUGGUUGAAUUCGUCUCUGAAAUCCCUGUCAAACUUUGCUGACGGACUCACGAACUCUGCUGAUGGAAAGCCAAUCAAAUGACUCAACAGACGGUUGGGAAAGCAAUUCGCUGUGCUGACGAAGCAAUUUGGAAAUUGUCAUUUUGUACUUCAUGUUGUAUGUUUAUAUUAUCAAUGUCGAUUCUUGUUAUUCUUAUUGGCGUAUUGCAAUGUAAAUGUAAUAUAUUAUUAAACUAACAAUGAAUUCAGAUG